AUGACUGAAGAUGUGACUAAAAUUCUUACUGCGGGAAUCGCUGCACUUGACCUAAAACAGUCGACUGAGGAGGCGUGCGUUGUCAAGAAUAGCAUAAACAAGUCGUUGAGCGGUAGUAGUAGUGUUUCGCAGAGACCAAUUGCGAAGUUUACUCGGCGUAUUAAAAUUCAGCACGUAGAUCAGUCACGUGGCAGUUCAGUAGAGAAGACGCAGUCUUUGGGUGCAAAGGACAAAGAAACGGCUGUUGGAGACAUUUCUCAGCUGCGCAAAGACUCACAUUCCGAGCUUGUCAACAAUAAUACGACCAAUAGUCCACCGGUGGUGGACUCAACGCAAUCUAAACUAGAAAUUUUUUCACUUGAAAAUGAGAGAUUAAGGGAAGAAUUAGAAAAAUACAAGGCAAAAUGGAACGAAGAGGUCUCACGACGAAUCGAAGCAGAAAGCGACCUCAAGGAAAAAGAAGAUGAACUAUCCACAUGCCGCGAAGAACUAGACUCCCUAAAACACCAAACCCAACACUUACGAAAUCGCACCACCAUCGAGCAAAUCUCCCUCUCAGGAACCAACUUCCCCACCCUCACCGACAUAUCCUUUUCAAAAGCCUACCGCCAAACCGACUACUCCACUCACGUAACCCUCAACGUCACACUCUCCAAAACAUACGCCUUCCCCGCAAAAGCCUGGGACAAAACCGGCCAACCCUACGAAAGCCCCGACGACGGCGCCAUAGCCGCCGUCCGCCUCUUCGGUCAGCUCUACGCCUCAAAAUGCGGACCCAACCCCGACUCUUGCACCGACUUCAUCGAUGGCGACAUCUGGACGCAACAAGCCGUGCUACUUUCUAAGAUGUUGGGGCUGGAGCUGGAGCGCCGGUGGGCGAUGCAUGCAGAGAUGCAAUUGAUUGCUUUUUGGUUGACGCGGUACUUGGGGUCUGCGGGGUUUGAGAUGGGGGAUUUUGAUGAGCCGGGGGCGUAUAAGGUGUGUCCGGGGGUCGAAGGCGGGGUGGUGAGGAUUUUUGUUAGUCAGAGGGUUUGUAAGUCGUGCUUGGAGGUUGUGGAGAGGGUGAAUUGGGUGGUGGGGAAGUAUGGGGUGGAGUUUGAGGUGGUGGAUAGACGGGUGGGGUAG